AUGGGCCAACAGCAGUCCAAAAAGACAAAGAAGGGAGGCAAGGAGAAGGAUGUGGACCCUAUACACGAAGAUUCCAUAGAAGAUUUUAACGGUCCAAUGCCCCAUGGCAGUCUGUCUCGCGCAACGGGUCAUCUCAACCACUCCCAAAGUGUCGCCCACGAGUAUGAUGCCGUCCGAAGUAGUGCUCCCUCUCUUAACGUACCUAACCCAGGAGAGUCCAAUGGAAGCAGUUCACGACAACCAGGUUCACCAGGUGCUUCCACCACUGUCCUCAGUUCUUCUCCAAACAACCUCUCUACUUCCUCUCUACUCGCACCAACUUCGGUGCAACAAACCUCGCCUCCAUCAACAAAACCUUCCCCUACUCCUCUCGACAUUCCACUUACCCAGACAAUCCUCUCAACUUCUGUGCCGUCGUCAUCCUUUACACCGGGUUCAGCGGCUAGUAGCUUCCCCUUGAGUGACUCCGCGGGAGGAAAGACCAGACAGUUCGAUAUUGACGAUAUGAUCCAACGUCUUCUUGACGUGGGCUACACUGGUAAAGUCAGCAAGUCUUUGUGUCUGAAGAACACGGAGAUUGCUGCCAUUUGCCAAGCGGCGCGGGAGAUCGUCGGCGACGUGCAUGGGCAAUAUUCUGAUCUCAUCCGCCUCUUCGAGAUGUGUGGUUUCCCUCCAGCCGCCAACUACCUAUUCCUAGGUGACUAUGUCGAUCGCGGGAAACAGAGUUUGGAGACAAUCUUACUGCUCUUGUGCUACAAGAUAAAGUACCCAGAGAACUUCUUCCUCUUACGUGGUAAUCAUGAAUGUGCGAAUGUCACAAGAGUGUACGGUUUCUAUGACGAGUGCAAAAGACGAUGUAACAUAAAGACAUGGAAGACAUUCAUAGACGUCUUCAAUUGCCUACCCAUUGCAGCUAUUGUCGCCUCCAAGAUAUUCUGCGUACACGGCGGGCUAUCACCUUCACUUCACUCCAUGGAAGAUAUCAAACGCGUACAGCGACCGACCGACGUGCCGGACUAUGGGCUGCUAAACGAUUUGCUAUGGUCCGAUCCCUCGGAUACUGCAUUGGAUUGGGAAGAUAACGAAAGGGGAGUGAGCUACUGUUUCGGGAAAGCCAUCAUCAACGAGUUCCUGGUACGGUACGAUAUGGACCUGAUAUGCAGGGCUCACAUGGUCGUGGAGGAUGGGUAUGAGUUCUGGAACGACCGGACAUUAGUGACCGUGUUCAGUGCUCCGAAUUAUUGUGGAGAAUUUGACAAUUACGGUGCUUGCAUGAGCGUCUCGGAGGACCUUUUGUGCGCUUUCGAGCUCCUCAAACCAUUGGACGGGCCGGCACUCCGGAAAGAGAUGACAAAGGCCAAACGGAAGAGUCUUAUGGCGACUGCAACGUGA